AUGCUUAACUAACCAUUUAAACCCAGCAACAAGGUUGUAUCACUACAUGCUAUUAUGAGUAAUAUCAAGAGACAGAAUAAACAAAAGACUAGAUCCAUCAGUUAUCAUUCAAAUCACAUCAAAUCAGAAGGACAAUCUAUUCAGUUAAGAGAUGAUGAUUCCAAAAAAUUCAAUGAUCAGAUUAAACAGAAAGAUGAACUCAUUAUUUAAUUGUAAUCGUAACAACAAUCACUUCGCAAAUAACUAAACGAAAUAUUUGAAGUUAACCAUGAUAAUGAUGAAUAACUCAUUUUGCACAUAUAUUCAUCUAUCAUCCAAUUCAAAAAAGACAAAAGUCAAUAUCUGCAAUAAGAUGAAAUUAAUAGCAAAGUCAUCCUCCAUUACAAAUAGCUAUUGUAAUGUAAAUCUGAUUCAUUUAUUUAGAAAGCACUGAUAUCAUAGCAAAUUAAGAGGAAUAACUAUCAAAUUAAUAACAAUUAUUAAUGACCUUAACUAACUAAAUUAAAGAAAAUGAAUUAUUAUAACAUUUGAAUACCUCCUAGUAAGAAGUAUUUUAUCAUCUAUAUUAUUUCAGAAACAAUAUAUGUCCAAAAUCGAAUCUUUAUAAAGUUAAAUUGACAAAUUUAGAAAUGCAAGUCUCUUAACUACUUUUAGAAGGGAAGAUUCCUAUUCUUAUAAUAAAUUACAAUAAGUCUGCAAAUUGCUAUCCUCUAAUCCAGAGGAAAUCGAGGAAGAAAUUCUUCAAUUCAUUCGUAAUACCUUUCAAUUCUAUCAAGCAAUUGGAAAUCAAUAAAGUAAUUCGCAUUAUAACAUAGUUUAUGCUUUUAUUAAAAGUUAAUUUGAUAAUGAAAGGCUUUAAUUGACAUUCAAUCUUAAUUAAAUUAAUAAUGAAGUUAUCAAAGUGUUGAUAAACAAAUUUGAUUUAGACAAUGAUAUCGAAUAAGAAAUGGAACAAUUAAUUCUAUUGAAAUAAAUUAAAUCUCAUAAUAAUUAAAUAUUAUAAUUCAUUGAUUAGUUGGGCGAGUUUAUAAUAGUUAAAUUAUAAAAUUAUAAAAGAAAUGAAAUAUCAAGAAUCAUGUUGAUACAGAAUUUAGUUAAUCUGAAAAGAUAAAUAAUAAAGAAACUUUGA